AUGACACCCAUGACGGCCGCCAGGAAGCCAGCCGCGGGCUGCAUGUUGGAGGAGGCGGCGCCAGUGAAGGCUGGGGAGACGCCCGUUGCGCCAGUGGUCUCGCCGGGGGUAACGGGAGAGACACCGGUGGUUUCUUCGGGAGUGACGGGAGAGACGCCAGUCGCGCCAGUGGUCUCGCCGGGGGUAACGGGAGAGACACCGGUGGUUUCUUCGGGAGUGACGGGAGAGACGCCAGUCGCGCCAGUGGUCUCGCCGGGGGUAACGGGAGAGACACCGGUGGUUUCUUCGGGAGUGACGGGGGAGACGCCGGUCGCGCCGGUGGUCUCUUCGGGGCUAACCGGGGAGACACCAGUGGCAGUAGUCUCUUCAGGAGAAACUGGAGAAACGCCGGUGGCGGUGGUCUCUUCAGGAGUGACGGGGGAGACACCAGUGGCAGUGGUUUCUUCAGGGGAGACGGGGGAAACGCCAGUGGCAGUAGUCUCUUCAGGGGUGACGGGUGAGACACCAGUGGCAGUAGAUUCUCCAGGAGCAGCCGAGGUGCCGGGCACAGCAGUCUCGCCAGGCACAGCAGUCUCGCCGGAAGCACCAGGUACAACGCUCGAAGCACCGGGAACAGUGGUCUCACCAGGGACGACGCUCGUGGAGGCUCCAGGGACAGCAGUCUCACCAGGGACGACGCUCGUAGAGGCUCCAGGGACAGCAGUCUCACCAGGGACGACGCUCGUGGAGGCUCCAGGGACGCUAGUCUCACCAGGAACGCCGCUGGUAGAAACGCCAGGGACGCUGGUCUCGCCAGGAACAGCACUUGUCGAAACACCAGGAACAGCAGGGACGGUAGACUCGCCAGGAACAACAGGGACACUGGUCUCGCCAGGAACAGCAGGAACAGUGCUCUCGCCGGGAACAACGGGGACACUGGUCUCGCCAGGAACAGCGGGGACGGUAGACUGGCCAGGAACAACAGGGACACUGGUCUCGCCAGGAACAGCGGGGACGGUAGACUGGCCAGGAACAACAGGGACACCGGUCCCGCCAGGAACAACAGGGACACCGGUCCCGCCAGGAACAGCAGGGACAGUGCUCUCGCCAGGAACAAUAGGAACAACAGGAACCGUGGUGUUCUGGAAUGGCGGCUGA